CAGAAUAUAUCUCCCAACAUGAAGUACGCUUACGCCAUCGCUGCUGCUGUACCAGUCGUCCUCGCUGAACUCCACGACGUCACUGUUGGUGAUGAUCGGCAGCUUCAGUUCGACCCUCAAGUUGUGACUGCGGCAGUGGGUGAUCAAGUCCGCUUUACGUUCUACCCAGAUCACGACGUAGCUCAAGGCGCCUUUUCGAGCCCUUGCACACCUAGCGAUGGUGGCUUCUACAGUGGCAGAUUGAACUUCACGGACAAUACAAACCUCGAUGCAGAGGCUACGCAGCAGUUCACCAUUGACGUGACCAACACGGACCCAAUCUGGUAUUACUGCACGACUGCGCAACAUUGCCAGAGUGGCAUGGUUGGCGGAAUCAAUAUCCCGUAUGAACCACUUUUGUAUGCUCUGCAUCACAUGAUUGACAGAUUGAUAGAUCAGACGGUGAUAACACCAUCGACGCGUACUCUUCGGCAGCUGCGACAGCACCAAGAAAUGUACGACCCGAGGGAGCGAUGGUAGCUGGCGGCAUGUUGUCUGACAACGACGAGGCAGACAAUCCGUCAGUAACACCUAGCCCAUCAGCUAUACCCAGCCCAUCAGAAAUGCCUACUCCUGCAGCCUCAGGCUCAGGCACCCCGAGUGGAACAGAGGCAGCGCCAAGCGCGACUUCAAAUGCGGCCACUGCUGCCAAUGGGCAGGUUGGAACGUCAACCUUCCUUGCACUGUUUGCCGGUGUCGUUGCGUGGUUUUUGUAGAGCGUAAGAUGCCCAACGGGGUUAUAGAAGCUGGGGUAUUAUACACCGAAACCGCGGGACUUUGGAGGUAUUAUAUUUGCCGGAGAGCCGCAGGGGACGGUACGACUCGGCACGAUAUACCGGAGCCAUGGUCACCGGUGUAUCGGAACGGAGUACAAGUUCUUUUGCGCAGUAAAGAGACCUGUCUAUAUCGUUUUGGUACACGACAAUGACAAUCAAUAAAGUAUUUCCAUCCCAUUACA